AAAAAAAAAAAAAGGAAAGAAGCAAUUUUUGGUUGUAUUUCUGCAUUUUGUUGCUGCCCAUUUUAUUGUUUUUAAUUUGUAUUGAAGAUCUCAAAGGCAGAGGAUAGUUGAACAGACAGAAAGGGAUUUUCUGUGGGUGUGGGAGGGCUGAGAACCAAGUUGCCUGUGCCUUCCUUCACACCCUUCAGCCCCACAGAGAUUCCCUAUUUUUUUUUUUCUUGAAAAAGAUUUGAAAUUUGUGGGUUUUUUUUUUUUGGAUAUUCACUCAGCACUAGACUUUUCUCGAUUUUAUUCUACAGCUCACUUCAUUGAUUUCCAAGAAUCUGUGUGCAAAGAAAGGGUCUUUGUGUUUGGAAUCCUGAUCUCUUUUCUGACAUCCCUUUUUAGAGUUUUAUAUGUUGGAAGAUCAUGUUAGAUCUGUGCAUGAGGCAACCUCUUGAUUUGGCAUAAUUUUCUAUUGACUCCUUUUCCCCAUUCUUGUUUUGUAAAUGUAAUGUUUUGUACUUGGUUUUUCCAUUGAUUUUCUUCUUGAUUCUUGACUAUUUCCAUUGUGUGCUCAAGCCCAAGAUUUUUGCCAACUUUUUAUUUCAAGAAUCUUGAGACGCGUCUACAGAUAAUCAUAUUCUAAAAUUUCUUGACGAGGCCCACAAUUUGGGUUAGGUGGGCUUCGUCUUAGCCAAUAAAAGCCAUUGAUUUUGAAGAGAUUUGGAAGAUCCCUUUUCCUGAUUUUCUACAAGGGGUUGAAGAAGACAAGGAGAAAGCACAGGAGCUUUUAGUAUUUACUUACAUUUACUGCUCUUGUUGCUUUCCAUUAUUGGUUCCCUGAGCCUUUUUGAUCAGCCCCCUUAACAUUUAAGCAAUAUUAUAUAUAUGCAUAACUGGACUCCCCCCUCUUGUCAAAUGCUUCUCUUCUUGAUCACUUGUUCCUUCUCCUUCCUCCUCUUCUACAAGUCUCUUCCCCUGAAGCCACUUCCCUCUUGGGCUUGUGAGAUGAGAUUGCUUUCUUUCUGCUUCUGGAAAGGUCUUUCUUUUUUCUCCAUCACUAAGUCCAUAAGAAACACUCUCUUAGCUGCAACUUUCUCACUUUUCACUUCAAUAAUGUCACCCAAGAAGAAGAACUCUAGCUCCAAAGUUGAGAGUGUUGAGAUGGUGUCAGAGACUUCUGUGCUUGAUUUGCCUGACCUCGUAUUGGAAUGCAUUCUUGAGAAGCUCCCACCGGAGGGGCUUUGCAAGAUGGCUGGUGUGUGUACCUCUUUGAGGGAUUGGUGCACGAGUGAUCAUUUGUGGGAAAGGCAUAUGAAGAACAAAUGGGGUAGAAUUGUUGGCCCUGCUGCAUACAGGGAAUGGCAGUUUCAUGUUGUUUCAGGAAAAAGUUCAAUCUAUCAAGACAAGCAAAAGGGACUGAUGGGCUAUCUCAUUCAACUGUGGCCCUUUGCAUUGAUUAGAUCUAGUUUUAGCAAUAUUAGCAAGAAGCAGAGUUUUCCUCCAGUUGAUUCAAUAAUGUCUUGGUAUCUUGCUCUUGAGUCUGGCAAGUUCUGGUUCCCUGCCCAGGUCUACAACCGCGAGAAUGGUCAUAUUGGAUUUAUGUUGUCAUGCUAUGACGCUGAGCUCAGCUAUGACCAGAGGACCGACACUUUCCAAGCCAGAUAUCCACCACAUGGAAGAAGAGCUAGUGCAAUUGAGACUGGUGUAACAUGGGAUAGACUAAGAGCUCCUCCUGUUGAUACUUCUCCGCACAAUCUUCAUAUCUCCGAUUGUUUAAAUGAGUUGAAACCUGGUGAUCAGAUUGAAAUCCAAUGGAGAAGAAACAAAGAAUUUCCAUAUGGUUGGUGGUAUGGUGUUGUAGGCCACUUGGAAACAUGUGAUGGGAAUGCAGAUUACUGCCGAUGUCAUGAUAGCGACACUUUGGUGCUGGAGUUCAACCAGUACACGCGCGGUUCCCGUUGGAGAAGAACAACUGUUAGUAGGAAAGACCACAGGGAAGAGGGAAAUGAGGCUGAUGGAUUUUAUGGGGGGAUUCGGAAACUUUGUGGCAAGGAAGAGAUUUCUAUGUGGAAAAAGCUCUGGCCAGCUGAAGCACUGGAAUAGGUCAUACCCCUAAGUUCUCGUUGUAAUUUGAGCAGCAGCUGAUUCAAGAAAGCCAUCUUUCUCUAUCGAAGACUGAAAAUCUCUGCAAGAUUAAUGGCACGGUAUGUUUAGAAGGAGAAAAAGGGCUUAGCUUAGUUGUAGUUUACACGCACAAAACUGGAUUCUUUUGCUUUCUGGAGAAAAUUAGUUCUUGCACCUAGGAAGCAAUUGAUAAGGUUGUAGCAGGUUGUGUAUAUUAUUACCACCUCAUUUGAAUUCUAAGUAGAGAUGUAAGAUAAAAGCAUCGCAUAUGGUAUUUAUCCAGUAGCAUUGUAAGUUGGUUUAGGAUUCUUGUAAUCAAGAUCAAACACUUCCUUCAACAGGUCCCUGGGGGAAUUCAAAUGUUAAUGAAGAAACAGAUAGAAAUCUUAAAAUA